AAUUUACUCGGCGGUCUAGGAUAUUCUAGUCUUUGCGUUUCAUUAUCAAAGUUGCAAACCCCAGCAACAGCAUUGAAGUGCAACGUGAACAAGAUACUAUGAAGAACAAGCCACUGCUUGUUGAAAGCGGGUUUAGAAAGUUAAAUUCUCGAUAUAUUCGCGAAAAGUGAACAAUUUGGUUAAACGAAUCGAAAAAUAGUUAAUCGUUCGAUCGAAGUGAUGAUAAAUUCGAAGUAUUGAUUUCGCAACGCGAUUACGACUCGGAAUUUUGAAUAUCGCUGGUGUCGAAAUUGGAACAUAAAUUGUACACAACAACAACGGGGAAAUCGAAAUCGGCCGUAACCAGGUAAUUGGCGAAAAAAUUGAUUAUAAUUUUUGUAAACUCGAUAUUUACACCGGUCGUCCAAAGUCGUGCAGUAAAUGACUAGUUAAAUGCUACGUUCGAAUCUGAUGUUGAGCAAUCGUCAAUGGAUCGAACGGUGGCCUCCAGUUCUUCGUCGCACAGUAGUAGACAGAGUAUCGCCAGUGAUAUGAAGGCAUUUCUGCGCAAAGCUAAAAAGAAAUUCGAAGAGAAAUGGUCUAGAAAUAUUUCGCCCAAGGUGGCCACCACCGAUGAUUUCAAAUCAAUCAAAACCGUAGGCACGGGGCACUUCGGCCGAGUGGUAUUCGCCCAGCAUAGACCGUCGAAAAGGUAUUACGCUCUGAAGAUCUUAGAGAAGGGCAAAGUGAUCGACUCGAAUCAAUUGCAGCAUGUGAAAAACGAAAAGAAAAUAUUACAAUGCGUCCAUUUCCCAUUUUUGGUCACGUUGAAGUAUAAUUUCAAAGAUAACUGUAAUCUGUACAUGGCUCUGGAUUUCGUACCAGGUGGCGAAAUGUUCUCGCAUUUGCAGCAUUUUAGAAGAUUCAACGAAAACAUGGCUCGUUUUUAUACCUCGCAAGUAGUCCUAUCGUUCGAAUACCUCCAUCAUCUCGGCAUCAUAUACCGAGACCUGAAACCAGAAAACUUACUGCUUGAUUCCAAAGGAUACCUGAAAAUCACCGACUUCGGAUUCGCCAAGAAGAUCGAUAAUCGUCGCACGUGGACUAGAUGCGGCACCACCGAAUACCUGGCCCCGGAAGUGGUCCUACGCAAAGGAUACAGCUACUCGGUCGACUGGUGGACGGUUGGUAUCCUCAUGUACGAAAUGACCAACGGACAGCCACCCUUCAAAGAUAAAAAACCAGAAGACGUCUACACCAAAAUCAUCGCCGGCAAAAUAACUUAUCCAGCUCAUAUGAGUCGACAGCUUCGAAGUAUAAUAUCAGAAUUUCUUAAAAUCGAUGUUACCAAACGUCUCGGAAGUAGACCGACUGGCGGCGUCGAGGAUGUCAAAAAACAUCCCUUUUUUGUAAACAUUAAUUGGAUGGCCAUGCUGCAGAAAAAAUACCCUGCUCCGAUCGUACCUCCUCUGAAUGGACCAACGGAUACGAGUAACUUUCCCGAUUACGAAGAGCUUCCAAUACUGCGUUCGCCCAACGAAUUAUUUAGCACGGAAUUCGAAGAUUUUUGAUGUCGAUCGAGUCGUAAUGCUGUGAUUUUUUUUUGUUCUUUAGUUUUUGUUUUGUAUUUUAUCUCGUUUCUCUCUCCUUAUUCAAUGAGAGAGGAAUGUAAUCGUUUGAGCAUCUCGUGUGCUACUUUUUUUUUGUUACGGGGGUUGAAAUUUUUUCUCGCAUUUGAAGAGGCGAAACGUUAGAAAAUUUCUUGUCAGGGUUAUCGCACUUAACGAGCUUUUCAUCCGUAUUCCCUUCUCGUCUCAUCAUAACCUAUUGAUGUACGAAAAUACUCAACCGUUUUGCAAUUUAAAUGUGAAUCGAAGACUGUUACGAAAUUUUUUUUUUCCUUUUUUAAAUUCUUCGUCGAAUUUAUAUCUAGUUCUACGUAUAUAGGGCUACCGAUCAAUUACAUACUAAAACCAAAUUUUUCCCCAUAUUUUUUGAGAGAUUUUGAUUUUUUUUUUGAUUAUGUAGAGCUUGCAAAUGAAAAUUUACUGUGAUUAUUGACCUUAUAAUAUUUUUGUUCGUGAUUUUUUCCCCCUCGUGCUGUUUUUAAAUGGUAAAUGUUCAAAGUACUCGGUACCUUUUGACAGCGUAUUGUAUUUUCUACUAUUCAUACAAGACUGUUGUACUUUCAUCGAGAAUGAAAGGCGACCCGUAUAAGUUUCCAUUUCUAUUAUCAAUGGAAUAGAGUUUAUUGACGUAUGAAUUUAGCAAUUUAUGAAUCGAAUUUACCUACGAUAUAUAAUACAUAUUAUACUAGAAGUAGGUACUCGAAACAACAUUUUUUUUCCAGAGUUAAAUCGUACCUAGUUAAUCUUAAACGUCGUAUUCCGUCGAAUACGUAAUGUUGUGAAUUGUGAUACUGUUGAACUGCUAUGUUAUUAUUAUUUUUUCCUCUUAUUUUUUCCCCCAUUUCAUAUACAUACGACGUGAUAAUACUUUGUUAAAUUUCUUGUAAUUCGUUUCUCGUAGAACAUUUUUCAUCGAAUACCCCGCGCGAUAAAAUACAUCCAAGUUUAAAAGCUCGCACGAUAAAGUGAAAAAUUUUCAUUAAUUGCCCGGUUUCAUUUUUAACCGACUGAAAAAAAAACUAAAAAUGUGAUUCAAGACGAAUGUGUAGUUGUGUACAUUCUUAGGGUAGCCAACCUUUCACAUCUUUAAGGAAAUGUGCGUUGUUUUUUCUUAAUUAACACCGUGAUCUAAUUAAAUAGGUGACACUACACAUAUUAUAGAAUCUAAUUACCAAAAAAAUUCACUUCACAUUUAUACGGGUCAAGGCAGUUGUAAUUGCUAACUUUUUUUUUCAUUUUGUUUUUCGUCUGGCUGUGUCUCUGUCUAUAAGUAUAUGGAAUUCACUACAUAUGUAUUUACUUCUCAGCUGGCUCUAUAGUAAGUACAUAUGAGGUUGAAUUUCGGUGGUAUUUUUCGUUCUUUGUUUGAUUUGGUGUUUAUAGUAGUACGCGGCGGCGUUACUCGCGGCUCGAAUCUAAUUUACAAUUUACAUUAAAAAUUUGUUGACCUUUGUAAAUGGAUAAUGAAACGGAAGUAUUCGUUAAUUUUUCUCGAUUACGUGGUAUAAGUCAUUCUUUCUUCUGCAGUGUGGUGUACAAUGUGUUGAAAUCGCGAGUAUUUCCACGUUAACUUACGAAAUAUGUACUGUAUGUGUGCUGUAGAGAGCAUGGUGGGGAUUUAAUUAUCGUGUGGGAUUCGAAGAAAUAAUAUUAUUAUUUUUUCGCCAUGUUUUCGAAUUCGAAUUGCGUCGAUUUGCGACGAAAGUUUUUGUCGAGUUGUUUUCGUGUGAUUUUCGUUUUAGAAGCGAUGGGUUUUGUUUGGCAGUUUCAAGAUGUGAUUUUGAGCUCGAGAUUGGUGUUUUUUUGCAAAGGGUUGAGUUGAAGCUCCGGAUUGGAGUCGUGUUGAGUGAUUUUGUUAAGGAAAUGUGAGAUUCUCGAUGGAGAAGUGUCGAAGGUACGUUGAGUUUUUGAUGUUUGGGUUCCUUUUGGUGUCCUAGUUCUAAUCUUUGAUCGUUUGAAUACCCUUUGAAUGUAGGUAGUUCAACUGUUGACCUUUAGAUUGUGGAACGUUUUUUGGGUUUUUUUUUUUUUUUUUUUUUUUUUUGGUCGAAUGUGAAUUUGAACGCAAAAAGAUACAAAUGCAACUUUUUUUGGUAACAUUUUAAUUUGAAGAGCGAGAUGCAUGAUGAAUUUCUAACAACGUUUACUCUAUUCAGGUGAAGUUACUUAUGGGGGCUAAAUACACUUCGCAAAAGAAGUUGCUAAAUUAUUAAAUUCAACAGGUGUUUGGUUAAAUAGCUUAGAAAGAAGUGUAAAGUUUUGUUUUAAACCGCCAAAAAUCAGAAUUUGUAUGUAAAUAAUUUUCCACAAAUUAUACAUUUUUCAAAACAUCUGCCAAAUUAAACUGUGGAACAUUCUGUCUACGAAUUUUGAAAAAACGGUUGAUUUUGUCUGUUUUUCUUCCCAAAUGAUAAGUGUUGGUGCAGUUGAAAAUGGGGUCAUUUAUCGAGAAUUUGAAGCGUUUAAUUUUUAACAUUUUUUUGGUGGAGGGGAGGGGUAUUGUAAUCAAAGCAUGUCUCAGUUCAGUGUCUUCGUGACAAAAAAUUUAAUUUUGGUUAAUGGGUAUCGUGAAUGAAUAUUUUCAAGUAGUCAUUUUACAAAUGAAUGAAAUUUAUUUUUAAAGUGGAUGGCUUUCAUAAGGUUUAAAUAAUAUCUGUGGCUUUGAAUUGGAAAAAAAAUUGAAAAUCUCUAAAACAGACCCCCCCCUCCCUGUCACUUCUAGAAAAUCCGUCAUUCUAAUUCGGCCAGCUUUUGGGGAAAACUAUAAAUCCUACAAAGUGAUAGAAAAUUGAAAAAAAAUUGAAAAUCUCAAAAAUAGACCCCCCCUCCCUGUCACUUCUAGAAAAUCCGUCAUUCUAAUUCGGCCAGCUUUUGGGGAAAACUAUAAAUCCUACAAAGUGAUAGAAAAUUGAAAAAAAUUGAAAAUCUCAAAAAUAGACCCCCCCCCUCUGUCACUUCUAGAAAAUCCGUCAUUCUAAUUCGGCCAGCUUUUGGGGAAAACUAUAAAUCCUACAAAGUGAUAGAAAAUUGAAAUAAUUUUAAUUACAAUAAUUCUAGUUCCAGUUCCAGUUUUUUUUUUCAGUUCCAUGCAUUUUUUUAGGUCUAUUUUUUCAUAAGUCCAUUUCUACUUCAAAUUUAAGAAUAUUUGAGCAUUUACUCUCUUGAUCAAAUUAUUUGGGUGUGGGAUAAAAUCAUGAUACGGUCUUGUUAGAUCAAUGGAAGUAAACUUCACAAGUCAACGCAAAAAUUUGAUACCGGGUGAUCGAAAAAUGGCGAGCACUGCAUUACUGUUGAGUGAGAUUUUGUAACACCCAGUAUUAAGCUAUCGUUUGCUUCUGCAUUCAAAAUUGCUAACCAAAAUUGAAAGCUUGGGAGAUAUUUAUAAAAUUUAUUGACCACCCUGUAAAAUUGAAAAAUACAUUUUUGGAAGAAAAUUAAAAAAGAGUUUGUUCCUGUUGUGAUUAUAUUUUCAGUUCAACUGUUUUUGUUUUGUUUUUGGUUCUAGCUUCAAUUAUUUAGUAAUGAAAAUUUAAAACUGAGACUGUGAUCUGAGCGAAAAAAAUUGAAACUAAAAGCCAAAAAACUGAAACUGAAAUGUCAAAAAUAAAAAAUCCAAAACUGGGAAUGAAACAAAAAAUCGAAAACGUUUAGUUUCUUCUUUAGGUAAAUGAAAAUUGUUUUCAAAAAAAAAUAAUAAUAAUAAAAAAUUGAAAAUAAAAACAUACUGAAACUGAAUCUGAAAAGAUGAGAAUCACUGAAAAUUGCAGUUUUCUAUCUUUGUCGAAGUUUCUCUCUUAAUUCCCAUUCUAGCCAGUUUUCAAUGAUGAAAAACUGAAACUGAAACUGAGAAUUAGAAAAAAGCGAAACUAAAAGCGAAAAACUUGAACAAAAACGUUUUUUCAGCUCCCAAUAGUUUUUUUCUCAUAUUCGUAUCAAUUCUUCAAACUUCAUCUUGAUCUUGACUCUUGAGAACCUUUUUUUUUUCAUGUGGAUCAUACGUUUUAAUAAUUAUUUGUUCAAUUUUUUUUGAAUUUUCGUCUAUUAGGAAACUGGAAACUCGAAAUUUAAAUUGGAAGCUGUCAGAAGAAAAUUAAUUUCCCAUCACUGUCGAAUUUUUUCUCUCGAUUGGAAUUCUGAAAUAAGAUUUCUUCAAUAGUUGUUGAAAACUCGUUGAAAAAUCAUUUUUUCUCGAAUUCAUUGUUUAACGUAGUAAAAAAAAAUGAUUAAAUUCAGGGUGUCCACAAGCUUGGAAAACCUGAAAAAGUUAGGGAAUUUGGUCAGUCUGGAAAAGCCAGGAAAAAUACAGGGAAUUUCGUAAUUUUCACGCAAAAUCCCUGCAAUUUUGAAAAAACGAUCAAUUGAAAAUUUUGGAUAAAAACCUGUCAUGAAGGAAAACAUUAUUUUUUACUUCUCGAAGCUUUUGCCCGAGCGAACAAAAUGAAAAUUUCUAGAUAAUAAAAUCAAGUUUUAAAUCCAAAAAAUUAACUCCUCACAAAAAAAAACAUCGUUUUUAUGCAUCUUGAAACACAAAUUUACAAGAGUUUUCGCCCUCGCUUGGGCCUGUUCUGUUUUAUUUUUCAAAAUCAGUUUCCUUAAAAAAAAUAAUUCAAAUUCCAAAAUUUUAAAGUCAAAAAAGAACUACUCGUCCUCGCAUAAAAACAUCUCGUUUUUAUGCCUCUCGAAAUGCAAAUUUUCAGAAACUCUCGCCCUCGCGUCCCUCGAGCCUGUUCUCUUUUUUUUCAAAAGUAACUUCCUUCAAAACAACAUCAUUCCAAUUCUAAAAUUUGAAAAAACCAAAAAGAAACUCCUCGUAUUAAAAACCCCUUGUUUUUGGGCAUCUCGAAAUGAAAAUUUUCAAAAGCUCUCGCCCUCGCUUCGCUCGGGCCAAUUUGUUUCUCGUUUUAUAAAAUAAACAAAUCUCACAUUUUGUGGCCUCCAAAAAUCCAAAAAAAAGAAAAAUUUUUAUAAGUCAUAUGAAUAUUGUAUCAAUUGGCCAAAAUUAAUGUUAAUUAAAGUUUAGCGUUUUUUUUUUUUUUUUUAUCCGAAGAAGUAUCCAGUUCGAAGAGAAACUUAUGAAAAAAAUUACACCCCCCCCCCCCCCAAAACAGUUUCUUCCUUAAUUAAAGUAUGGGAUAAGUAAAAGUAUAGAAACUUGGAAAAAAUGGUCUGGAAAACCUGCAAGAGUCAGGAAAAAUGACUUGCCAAAACUUGUGGACACCCUGAAAUUUUAUUUCAUGUCAAAAAUGACCUGGUAUGUGAAAAAUACUCCCAAAAGUUUAGACAAACUUGUUUCAAGAGAGGAGGGGCCUAGAAAAAUACUUUUAAAUUAAUAAAAGUGCAUUUACCAUGUGAAGAGGGAGAGGAAAAGGGUAAAAUCCGCGAAAUUCUGAGCCUAAAAUCCUGCAAAUGGUCCAUGAAAGUCACCCAUUAUUUAUUUUUUUUUUUUUUCGAAAGUCCUUUUUUUUGGUUGGGAGAUUUAUUAGACGAGAAACAAAACUUGAAAGAUAUUUUGAUCUGAUGAGGUUCAGAUCUAAUCUGAUUAGGAUCUAAUUGGAUCCGGGGAAUGACCAGAUCUGAUCCAAGUCCGAUCAAAUCUAGUCAGAUCCAAUCAAAUUGGAUCCAUAGAAAGUCCGGAUCUGAUCAGAUCCAAUCGUUUUCCGCUCAAAAAUGUUCGACUGAAAUCCACUACCUAUACUAUUUGAACAAAUUGAUUUUUUUUUUUGAUUGCAAAAACCCAACUUUUGGAAAAAUCCAAAGAUACGAUCGAUUUUUCUGAAAAAUUUAGUUUUUGAGAUGUUUUUAUCAAAAAUUUGUAAGUUGGGCAAUUUUUUAAAUUUUUGAACCUUGACCUAAAAAUUGUAAUUCAGAUUAUUUUUUUUGUUUAGUAAUCAGCCCAUAUUUUAAAAAAUUUACUGCUCGAAUUGUUUCUAUUUCUCAAUAUUUCAACAUGACAGUUUAAUUUUUUUGAAAAUGAAAAUUUGAGAUGGAUUAUUUCAAAAAUUGUAUCUUGAUAGUUCCCCUGCCACUAACGAUGAUGGUCGAGUGAUUUCAAAUAUUCUAUGCGAUGAAAAUUUGCAUUUUUCUUACCCAGCGAGUGGAAGCCGUGGACUGUAAUUUUUUUUAAUGUUUUGGAAUACUCAUACUUUUCAAUUUAGUGUACCCUUGAAUUGUCCCAAAAAUGAUUUUUUCGUCAGACCUCUUUUCCUUCUGCAUUCUUAUGUUUUUUUUACGAUACAGAAACAGCUGAAUAAUUUGCAGAUUUUUCAGUUUGAAAUGAAGUAAAAAGCGAUAAAUUUUUAUCGAAUUUGUUUAUCUGAGAUUCGACAGCUACAUCUGCGGCAAAAUAAUGAACUAUAGUUUUUUGAGAAUUCAGUAAGAUUGAGAUUAUUUUUAAGGACACCAAAAAGAAUUCAUUCAUUCGUUAAAAUUCAUCUACCCGGAAUACCUAUACCUAUCACUUUGCAAAACACCAAUGUACGUUGUUCUCUUCGACUGAUUUUUACCCAUUUUUUCCACUUACUCACGUUUUAUCACCCAAGUUUUUUUUUUACAUGACGUCAUUUCAUUUUGAGAGAAAAUUAUCGAACCGAAAUGAUGACGAAUCAUUCGCAUUUUUUUCCCGAAACCAUCAUUUUUAUUUCACGUACGCCAACGACUUCGGCUGACUGUCUGAUUGUGACUACCUCAUACCUCUACCUGUGGCUGUAUUAAGCGUUGAAUUUCUAAAUAUCGUAAGUUACUUGCAGAGCGUUUCUCGAAUCGAACCUAAUGUCGGAAUUUUUCUCUUAAUUACGAAACUUUGAUCUCGAUUGUUGAAUAUUUCUAAAUUUAGCUACGUAACCUUGCUGCCGAGCUGUCGAUGAUUAAAUUCAACGACAUCGACAGCUUUUUAUCGUCAUUUAUCACCCAUUGAAAAGUUUUUACACUUGCUCGCGGUUCAAUAUUCCAGUUCCAGAAUUAAUACCCGAUUCGAUUUAUUUUACCCUCCCAUCUCCGAUCUCGUUCUCGAGUUGGGCUGCUACGAUUUCGAUAUUGUGUCGUGUCAUUUUAGCGACGAUGAAUUUUUUUAAUUGUAUCGAAGGAGUUGUCUACAUUGUGUAGAAAUGUUCGACUCGUACGUUAGAGAAACCGAGAUAAAGUUGGUGGUUUGUUUUGCGGUAGGUCAAUUGUCUGUAUCGAAGAAAUUUUUUUUAGGAAAAAAAACGAGGAAAAAACAUUGUAUUAAUCGAUACAGCAAUGUUGAAAAAGUUGAAAAAUAUGUGGGGUAGAUAAUUCUGCUUAUCUUUCAAUUCUCCAUAGACUCAUUUAAGCAGAUAAUAUGUAUCAUCUUGUUUCGAACGUUUGUCAAACCAUUAUUCCAGCUUGAGCUAUUUUAGUAAACCUGUAUUUUCGAUUGCGGAUAUUUUUUCUCAAAUUUUCACGAAUAUACAAUUCAGUCGAUUAAUCUUAUGAAUAUCCGCUGGUCCGGACAAUUUUUACGUCCACGCAAAGACACAUACAGAGAAAGAAAUCCAAACGAAGAACCAAUGAUGAGUGGUGAAUGGUAACAUUUGGCCAAAUAUACACUCUUUGGUACACAUUUGUGGUAUUUCUGCUGGCUGCGGAUGCGAUGGCGAUGAUGAUCGUCGUCGUCGUCGUCGAGUACCUGCCCAGCUGCAUUAUACGAGUACGUUUCUUGAGUCUCGAGCCAAAUCACAUUGUAUAUCUUUAGUGUGAUUUUUUGCUGCUUCUUGUUCUCCUCCUCCUCCUCCUGCUGCUCCUCGCUCUUCUCGAUUUGACACAAUUUUUUCUACGCGAAGUUAUUCCACUGACCUCGUAGCUCUUUUACUGGAACGUCGUAAUAUCGUUGAAAACGAAUUUAUAACCGAUGCUUAAUGAGAAAAAUUCGUUCGAUUGUUCGCGUAUCGAUCAUUUUUUUCUCUUUCUUUUUAAUCGAUGAAAAUAAAACGAAGAGUUAUUUCUAAACUAGAUUUACACUUAUGCCUAUAUGUACGUAGAUAAGGUUGGUUAUCCCUUUUUUUUUCUUCUUCGUAUCUUUCAUUGAUUAGUAAGCAAACGAAAUAUUAUUUAACACGUUUUUUUUUCUUCUUCUAAUAUUUUGGUCGAGUUUAUUUAUUUAUUUUUCACAUAUCAACGGAUUUAUCGUUCUUCAUAUUUAAAAGCACCUUUUUUAUUUUUUAAGAUUGAAAAAUUGUAUAGUACAAAGUUUUCUUUUCUUUUCUUUUCUUUUUUGUUGCGAAUACUCUAAGGAUAUAUAAUAAUAGGAAUAUUUUUGUGCAUAUACCACCUGAUUUUUUUUUUUUUUAGAUGAAAACGACAGGGUAAUUUAUAUACAACGUGUAAACCACGCUUUAGCGAAAUGUUAACUAUAACGUGUUAUUUUUUUUUUCUUCUUUCGUGUGUAAUUAUUUUGUUAAUACUUUUGAUUACUUCGUUUUGUAUGUGUACAUAUUGAAGAUAAUUUACAAGCUGUUAUAUAUUUAGAAAUUGUUUUUAGGUUAAUUUUUUUUUCCAAAGUUGUUAUUGUUUGGCGUUUUUUUUCCUGAGUCGGCUCCUAGUAUAUUGAUAAUACCUAUACCAGCUAUUCUCGAACAAUAUAGAUGUAUUUAGUAUAAAUGACUUGGCGGAGCGCACAAUGCCUCUUCGCGGGUUAUUGUUCGAAACAUAAAAUAAUGAUUAACACUCGUGCUCGAAACGCGAACGAAUUAAGUCGAGAUAUAGGCUGUGCUUUUCCGGAUGUUGAUAACAGAUCGAGAUUAUAGAUAAUUUUGAAAAAUUGUAUUAAUUUAUAGAACCGUGUGUAUUGUGUAGGUAUGAAUUAUUAUGAGUAAGUGAGAAAGGUUUUCGGUGGGGGGGGGGGUGGAUUUUUUUAAAAACUGAAGUGCUUGAUUAGGUUGUGAAAUGAAAGUUUUUUUUCUUCUUGAUUAAUUGUAUUAUGGCGAAUUUUUUUACGAUAUUUUAGAGGAAAUGGCACUGAUUAAGAAACCGAGUGACUAAUUUGUUAUCAGAUAUGCGUGAAAGGGAGUGAAAUGUAAUCAGCUGACCUGCCUCUGCCUAUUCCAUUCCAUGUCAAAUCAUCGAAGUAAAAAUGAAGUCGAGAACUAUGGUUUUGUUAAGUUUUUUUGUAUGUACAAGUUCCUUUCGAUGGGCUGAUGAAGUUAUCACCAUUAUCAUCAUGUCAUUUUGGUCCGUUUUGGGGUUCAGAGGGAGGUAAAGUCCAAACUUUGAAGGCUCAUAAGAUUAGUGAACUUUGAGCAAAACUAUUCACCUGAUUAUUCAGAAUCAGUUGCAGUGAUUAAAAUUUAAGCAGAUCGAAAUUGAAUUUUGAGAGUGAAAGAUCAACUUUUCAUGUCGAAUAAAAACAUGAAAAUUUACCAUUCAAAUAUUGCGAAAAAAUUGAAACCGAGGUCGCUUUUUACCCCCUUUUUAACACGUUGAUUUUCGAAGCAGAAUUUGUGCCUCCAGUGGGGUGAGGGGGUGUAUAAGUGCUCCCAAUUUUGAUUAAAACUCGAGGACAAAAUUUAGACCAAAGUAUCACAUUUAUUAAUUUCUAAGAUGUCAAUUUCGAAUACAGACUAUUUUACAAUCUAAUCCCUCCCUCUCCUAUCUAGACCCCCCCCCACACACAAAAAAACCUGAAAAUUACGAGAGUUCGAUGAUCUACAUAUUUUUGUAAAUACGACCCUUCAGUGCCCCACCAGGUUCCUCAAUAAUGAAAAAAAAAAAAAUGAAAAAAUAAUGAUAAUAUUUGAUUCAUAAUUUCUUUUUUUCGUCCUUUCGAGGGCUGAAAAUUUGAGUGGAAUGUAAGACCCAACUGGAAAUUUUUAAAAAUAAGAUUUAAUUUCGAAACCCUUCUUAACAUUUUUUUUUCUUAAAGUGAAAUUUGAAGCGUAAGUGAAAGUUGGACUGUUUUAAUAUUCAUUUUAUGCAUUUUUUUUUCAAUUUUGUAACGAAAUUUUCAUAUUUUGAAAAACAUUUUGGCAUGUUCAUUUUUUCCAAUUUUUGAAAAAUAAUUCGUUUGUAUUUUUUAAUAAAAAUACAUCGGAGUGAAUAAUUUUUAAAUAUUUCUCAUCUGGUGCUAAACAUUCCUAAAGUCCUGCUUUUGUUUUUUUUUUUCAAUUGAACAUUAAAUUUUGCAGUUCGUAUCCCAAUUUUGAAAAAUUUUAUUACGAAAUCCUGAAUUUGCCAACUCGCAACUGUAAAAUUCAAAAUUUACCAACAUUUCAGAAAUUCUCGUUUUGCUCAAGGAGAAUCACACACAUUUGAAACAUUUUCUAAUAACAUUUCGGCUCUCGUUUCUCGUUUGAACAAAAACACAUUUAUUUUCUUUCCUCUGUUAUAAGUUCAUAUUUUUCAAAGCAUAAAAUUGCAGUUUUAAAAAUAAAUCCUUUGAAAAAGUAUUAUAGAAGCGUUUGUUUUAAUGUUCUAAACCGUAAAUUUUACAAAAAUUUGAUGUCUCGCGUCUCUCGAACAGAAACAUGGCCCCUUCCUCUUUUUCAAAGGUAAUUUUCGAAGAAUUAAGAUGCAUUUUUUUUCUGUUUAGAACAAAUAGUAGGUUGAAAAGCUAUGAUGAAAAUUUCAUUAAAUACUCUAAAAAAAAAUUAAACAUUUGAAAAACGAAAAAUUAGGAUGGUAAACGUUUUGUUGACACUCCCCCGCCCCCUCCCCCCUCUCCAAAGAAAUACUGAAAAUUGAAAUGGAACUUUAAUUUUCGUUAGAAUUAUUUAAAAAAUGAAGUCUUUUUUGGAAAAAAGUAUUCGUAUUCUGAUUGUGAAAAAUUUCAUGCUUCACAAUCUUAUUUUUUCCGUUAGACCCUUUGGUUUUCUAAAAAAAAAAAACAAUUAAUUUUUGGCAAUUUAAGGUGCUACAAAAGAUAUGAAAAGAACCAAAAUUGAAGAACAUAAAAUUUUUCAUCUGUAGAGUGUGAUUUUUUUUAAUAAGUAGAUAUUUUUUAUUCUUGAGAUACACCUUCACAUAUUUGAGCAAAAAUUGCAGAGAAGUUGACUUUAGUGUAUUACAAAUUUCAACAACAAAAUUUUAAUGGUACAAAAAAUGAAAUUUUUACAAAAUAACGUAACUAGAAAAAAUCCCCAUUGUCCUGAAAAUUUUUUUGAGAUCACUUUGAUUAAAAAAUCUAUGCUUUGAAAAAAAUUUACUGUUCAAAAUUUUUUUUAACACGAUUAAUUCAUCAUCAAAAAAUUAGGUAUUUAUUCAAUUUUUAUUGUAAUUUUGGCGCGAAUCGCAGAAAUUUUGAAAGUCAGUAUUUUGAAAAAAAUAUGUUCAGAUUAGAAAAAUAUUCGGAGCUCACUGGUUGAAAAUGAAGCCCUUCAAAUUGUCGGUUAGGAUUAAUGUCCCGUGAAAUGAUUGUAAAAAAAUUUCGUGAUUCAGUUGGUCAUAAUUCAAUUAUUAUUCCCUCCCCACCCUCAUUUUCCCAAGUUUCUACAUCAGAUGUGUCAAAAUUUCAAUUUAUUUUUAUGGGAAAAGGUUUACCUGCUGUUUGAUUUCCUAUUCAAGUUGCACUGUAGGUCAUCGAGGUCAUCAAAGUCAUCAAAAAGUCAUCUUUUUGGCCAGAAAUUGAACAUAAUUCCAAAAAUUGACCAAGGAUUCUGGAAAUUGAAUGAUAAUCGUUCAAAAUGCAGAAAUUAUUUAUAUAAAUUAUAGUUGAAUUAAUUUCCCAGUUAUGAAAAUGGUGAAUAAAUUAGCAUAAUUAAUGUUGCGAAAAUUGCUUGCAAAUUUUUUGAAAUGCAUAAAAAUUGUUUAAAUUGGCUAAAAAUUGAUGAAAUAUUGUAAAAAAUUGGCAAUAUGCCGAAAAAUUACGAAAAGUAGGUCAAUUAUCGAAAUGAAGCGAAAUCGAGAAAAAAAUCACAUAAAGAAUAACAAAAAUCUUGGGUAAAAUUCUCUCAUCACUUGAAAAUCACCAAAAAUUGAUAGAAUUUCAAUAACGACUGAUAAUAGCGUUACCAACUCAAAAAAUGUGAAAAAUUUUGACACGAUGGAAUUUUUUCAUUAUUUUUUCACUGAUCACUGAUCAGUACGAAAAAUGCUGCAAAAAUCACCCAUCAAAGUUGAAUUUGAAACCUACUACGUAUAGCUUUAAAAAAGGUUCGUCCAAAAGUAAAAUUUCAGUCAUCCAAAGGUCAUCGUUUUUCUUUCUUUUUUUUUUGCUACAUUCGUAUAAUUUAAUAAUCUCUUUUCAUGUUUCACAUUUUUUUCCUUCUUUUUUUUCAUACCCCUCUGUCAACAAAAACACCAGUACAGUAUUCUCUUCUUUUCAUAUUCAUUUGUUUUUAUUUCGGUUUCAAAGCAACAUUUGCUGUGACAAUGUUGAAUAGGUUUCGUUUCUUUUCUUUUAUCGUGUUUCUCUGUACACAAUACUGUUUUGAAACCAGUGAUGAGCACGAGUUUUAUCGAAAUGAAAAAGUAUCUACUUCUCGAGAACGUGUGUCUGUGUAUGUGUAGUGUGUACUACAUACAUCAAUUGUGUAGCUGGAGUGAAUUUUAUCUUGGUCUUACCCCCUGUUUCGAAUAUGUGGCAACAUGGCAGGUGCGAAACUUCCGGUGCGGUGCAGUGUAGCUGUUAAGUUUUUAUAUUAUACUGCAACUGAGACGAUUAUACAUUGUAUAUAUACGUACAUAUACGACUCGUAAUCUUGUUUCGUUUUCGGUUACUGUAAAAAAACGUUGACGAAUGUUGCCAAUUAUGACGGUUGGAAUUUGAAUGAAUUUGUGAAAUGAAAUUUUCCAGUAUUUAUGUGAAAUCAUUUCCCGCUAAAAUGUUUCAAGGUGAACAAAUACUUGUGGUUUUUUUUCAUUCUGUAUUCCUUUACCUUCACCCUUUGAUCUGUUUUUCCAACAGGGCACAUGUUUAUCGUGGUUGUCCCCUAAUUUGAAUUCGUGAGUCGUGACAAGGUAUGCCAGGUGCGAAACUUACAGUCUGGUGGCUACUUCGAGGCUUUUAUUGUUUGUGUGAAAGGGUGGAGAGUUGGACGAAUCCUUAUGUGUUACGAUUCGAAAUUAUUUUUACCUUUAGAUCCCCCUAUUCAGUCCUCCUCCUCCACAAUCCAUAACUGCAAUAAAGGGCAUUCACCUUUCAACAAAAAAAAGAAUGAAAAUAUGGUUUCCUAAUUUUUGGGAUUUUUUUCUUCAAAAUUUAAUGUACUCGAUUAUUGUGCUUUUAUUCGGAAUAUUAAAAUUUUUAAAUCAAAAAAUUAUUUCAAAUUUUAGUUGUAAAAAAUAUCCAAAUUGCCUGACGAUUAUCUCGAUCUGUUCUCAACCAUCUGCUGUAGUAAAAAAUACCCAAACGUAGGGGCUCAAGUUCCCACGUAUUAUACGUUUGAAAAUACAAAUUAUGAAAUUCUUCGACUAGUUGCUCGGGCACGUGUGUUAAAAAUUCAUCGAACCCGUAUCAUUCUUUAAAGUCAUUCGAUUAUUCGUAUCGAUAUUAUUUCUAAUAUUCUAAUCACGUGUGUGAUAAGAGCGAAAUAAAUAUCGCGUCUCGUGCCUUAUUUCCAGAAAAAAUAAACGUAAUGUUUAUAAAAAAUUAUACGCUUCUGAAAGAGCUUAAAAACUGAGGCAAAAAACGCCAUACAAUAAUAAACAUCGCAUCGUCGUGUACAUUUCAUAGUUCACUUUUCAUAUUUUCUCAUCAACUGUGUAGAAUGUUACCGCAAAACACGAACGAGCUUAUAUUUUUUAAUUAUUAAUUUUUCUCUUUUUUUUUUUUUUUUUAAUUUUCUCAUAUUUUUAUCAACACCUUCCCGCACGUCAUCACGAUACGAAUAGUGAUUAUUAGUAGUAGUAGCAGUAGGUAGAGAACCCGUAUUUCGAAAACAUCCCGUAUUCGUCAGUUUCUAGUCAGUUUCACUAGUUCGUAUGUCUUAGCCAAAUUUUUCGUAUCAAUAGCAACGUCCAAAGAAUAAUUUAGUAGAUUUCGACUUCAAUUUUUUUUUCUCUGUUCAUCGUCGUCGUAUUACUGUGAUGUUAUUUUCGAAAUUAAUAAAUAUAUACGUAUUCGCGAGAAACGGAUCGGGUCAAGUUAUCGCUAGGGUUUCGUGAUCACGUGUGAUGUCCUUAUUCCCUAGCCCCCACCCCCACCCCUCGCCCUUCACACCUACAACGAUGGUGAAAUCACAUACAUACAAGGUGUACCUCACAUACAUAUAAACCUAACCUAAUAAUGACGCCAUCGUGUAUAAAAAAUUCACCUAUCACGUCAUCGUUUUGUAAAUUGACUACGGAUAAAACUAGGUAUAUAUUUUGUAUGUAAUUAUUUAUUUUUGUAAAUAUACCGCGACUAACUUUGUAAUGUAAUAAGAACGCUGCAAAACGAUUUAUUUUUUAGGUAUUAAUGGUAUAGUUUUAAGAAAACGUACUGUGAUAUUGUGAUGUAUUCUGUAAACAUCUCGUAUAUAAAUAUUGUACAGGUUUUUGCCCCCCCCCCCCCUCCUCCUCCUCCUCCUCCCCUGCCCCCUUCCACUUUCUUUUUGUUUCGUAUAUUAUUAAUAAUUAUUAUUUUCCUUCUUCGGUCGUCUUAAUAUUCGCGUAUGUUAAUUUUUCUGACUAAUGAUGUUGAAAAAAGUCUGCUGAAUUUUAUCGUAUGUAUCGUUAGUUGUUACCUAUGAUUAUAUGAUAUGUUUCAGAAAUUGUUAUAUUUACGAUUUCGUUGUUAUUUGUUAUAAUUAUUCCGUUCGCGAAAUAUAAACGUUGUGUAUUUUUAUCCUA